AGCCACCGAUAUAUAAACCCUUCUUCCUCGGACACAUCAACUCUGCAUCUUCAAGCUUUUUCUUUCAAACCCAAAUCCUUAUUUUCUUUCUCUCUCUCUCACACACACACAUUACAAAUCCACGAUCUUUCUCCGAGCUUUCGCAAUCAAAAGAUGGCGGAGAUAUCUACUUCUUCAGAAGGGUCAAGAGAGAAUGGUUCCUUGGUUGUUUGUUUUGGGGAGAUAUUGAUCGAUUUCGUCCCAACAGAAAGCGGUGUUUCUCUUGCAGAUGCGCCAGCAUUCUCCAAAGCUCCAGGCGGUGCGCCUGCAAACGUUGCUGUUGGUAUUACUCGGUUGGGUGGAUCUUCAGCAUUUGUGGGAAAGGUAGGUGAUGAUGAAUUUGGGCACAUGUUGGCAGAGAUAUUGAAACAGAAUAAGGUUGAGAUUUCGGGUAUGAGAUUUGACCAUAAUGCUAGAACCGCACUAGCUUUUGUUACUUUAAGGUUCGAUGGGGAAAGAGAGUUCUUAUUUUAUAGGCAUCCAAGUGCUGACAUGCUUCUUCAUGAAUCAGAACUAGAUCGAAAUCUAAUUCAAAAGGCAGGGAUAUUCCACUACGGUUCUAUUAGUUUGAUCGCAGAGCCGUGUAGAUCAGCACAUCUAGCUGCAAUUGACAUUGCCAAAACAUCGGGAAGCAUCCUUUCUUAUGAUCCCAAUUUAAGAUUAGCUUUAUGGCCUUCAUCAGAAGCUGCUCAUGAAGGCGUGAUGAGUAUUUGGGAUAAAGCAGAUAUAAUCAAGGUGAGCGACGAGGAGAUUUCAUUCUUGAUUGGAGGAGAUAAAGAAUCUUUCGACGAGAACAUUAUGUUGGAGAAGCUAUUCCACCCGAACCUUAAACUUCUCAUCGUGACAGAAGGAUCUAAAGGCUGCAGAUAUUUUACUAAGCAAUUUAAGGGUAAAGUCCCCGGAAUUAAAACCAAAGCUGUGGACACUACUGGGGCGGGUGAUUCAUUCGUGGGAGGGAUGUUGUAUAGUUUAGCUUCUGACAUUGAUAUUUAUCAGGAUGAAAAGAGAUUGAGAGAAGCGCUUUUGUUUGCAAACGCUUGUGGUGCUUUGACGGUUAAGGAGAAAGGUGCCAUACCGGGCUUACCUACAAAGACAGCCGUCCUUCAACUUCUGGCUGAGGAUGUUGAUGUCAAAUGAUUAUGAAAAUGGCGUGUUUCCAAUUGCGUCUUAUAUGCUUUCUUAGUAUUGCGGUUUAUGUUAACUAUUUGUCGGGUUGAGUUGAUCUGUUGAUCUGAUCUUGUAUUAAAAUUCAUCUUCAAAGUACGUACCUCAAUGUCAAUGAGCUUUGUUUGUUGUUUGUAUAACUGAAAUUAUUCAAUUCAAUUUGUAUGUUAGAAAAAAACAUUGC